AUGAGGCUCCAUCCAUUACUAUUUGCCGGACCUCCGAAGAGUGGUGCGAGGAGCCCUCAAAGAGAGCCGAUUCCAUUCAAAUUGUUGUUGCCAUUGCAACUUAAAAAGACGGUUUCUGGCAAAGGAGACAAGCUCAAAGAAGCAGCUUGUAUGCAAGAAAUGGCUGUUAUGUUUGCAUGCUUCAAGAAAGCAGAUUUCGAUCAAACUGAGUGCUUAAAGGAGGUUGCUGCUUUCCAAGGAUGUUACAAAGAAUAUAAUGAUAGAGUGACCACCCAGAGAGAACAAGGAAAGAAAGGUAUCCUCGUCCCAGGAGAGAAGAAACUGACGCAUAGACAACUAAACCAGUUACUGAAGAGCUUCCCUCCAAAAAAGUAG